AUGAACUCUACGGGCUUCUCCACAGCUGUGGACACCACAGACAUCGAGAAGAGCAAACAUGUCGACCCGACUAUGGAGAAGCACGCCCACGACGCCGACGAGGCCAUGAAGGCCAUCGACGAAAUGCACGGCGAAACCAUCGAGCUGGACGAGGCAACUAACCGCCGUCUACUCCGCAUCAUCGACUGGCAUAUGAUGCCAAUUAUGUGCUUCAUCUAUGGAAUGAAUUAUUUAGAUAGUGCGACAACAUUAUCCUACGCCAGCGUCAUGGGAAUCAAAGAUGACCUCAACCUCGAGGGUGAUCAGUACCAAUGGCUAGGCAGUUUGUUCUAUUUCGGAUAUCUGGCUUGGGAAUACCCAACCAAUCGUCUACUCCAACGUCUCCCACUGGGAAAGUACUCGGCAGCAUGUAUUCUUAUCUGGGGAGCCAUUCUUUGCUGCUUUGCCGCCGUGAGCAAUUACCCCGGCGCCAUCGCCAUCCGCUUCAUGCUCGGUGUAUUCGAAGCAGCCGUUACGCCUGGCUUUGCCCUUUUAACUUCCCAGGUAAGUCAACACAUCCCGAGGUAUAGCCUGGUCUUGAGUCAUCCCCGCUUACACCAGAAACAGUGGUACACGAAAUACGAGCAAGGCAUCCGCGUCAACAUCUGGUUCAGCUUCAAUGGCGUAGGCCAGAUGCUCGGCGGUGUAGUCGCAUACGGAAUCGCCGUCGGGACCGCCAAGCACGGCUCGUCCAUUGAGCCCUGGAAGAUCGUCUUCCUAUUCACGGGCUUAUUGACAGUGUGUCUAGGCGUGGUUUUCCUCUGGAUUGUCCCAGAUAACCAGCUGAAUGCGCGAUGGCUGAAGAAGGAAGAUCGAGUGCUGGCCAUUGCGCGAGUCCGCGUUAACCAGCAGGGAAUUGGAAAUAAGCAUUUCAAACUAUACCAAGUCAAAGAGGCUCUGUUGGAUCCUAUGACGUGGGCGUUCUUUUUCUAUGCUAUUAUUGCGGAUAUCCCUAAUGGGGGUAUUAGCAAUUUCUUCAGUCAAUUGAUCAAGGGAUUCGGCUACAGUGAGGAGCAGAGUCUCAUCCUUGGCGUGCCAGGUGGUGCAGUCGAGGUAGUCGCCCUCCUGCUGAACGGGUAUAUUGGACAUAUCACGAACCAGCGGGUCCUCACGAGUCUCGGCGGGCUUGUGGCCUCCAUUGUGGGGAUGUUACUUAUUGUUGCGCUACCGCUGGGCAAUAAUGUCGGUCGGUUGAUAGGAUACUACCUGACGCAAGCGAGUCCGACCCCCUUUGUCGCGCUGCUCUCCUUAAUCUCGUCCAAUGUGGCUGGAUACACGAAGAAAACGACUGUGGCGGCGCUCUAUUUAAUAGGAUACUGUGCCGGGAACAUUAUCGGUCCACAGACAUUCCGCCCGGAAGACGCCCCCCGCUACGUCCCCGCCGAAGUGACUAUCAUUGUCUGCUGGGGGGUGUGUCUGUUUUUACUGGUUGGGGUGUGGCUGUGGUAUCGCCGGGAGAAUCAGAAGAAACUGCUGUACACUGCUCGACCGGAAUAUGUGCGGCUGGAGAAUCAAGAGUGGCUUGAUCUGACGGAUCGGGAGAACCCCGAAUUUUUGUAUUCACUUUGA